AUGGCUACCGCAAUGACCGCCACCGCAACCCCUGUCCCUACCAUGGCAUCCCAUGCACAAGACACCACCCUCCCUCCACCUCCCAAGGGGGACAUCACCACACCCGUCCUCUUUGCGCAGAACUUCCCCAAGCCCAGCACGGGGUACAUGUUCAUCAAGAACCCUCCCCCGGCGGGGGUUCCGUACACCAACAUCCGCGGCGAGCCGGCCAUGGUCACGGUCGAGGACCUGCGCGGCAAGGAAGACAGCGUCAGCCUCGACCACGACUCGCUGCAGGUGCUGCAGGGCCUGAGCGACGUGCCGCGCAGCCCGGAGGUCAACUGGGACAGCCCCCCAAGCGUGGAGAAGACCUUCUACCCGGCCGUCGAAGCGGCAGUCAAGUCGGCCAUCCCCGGCGCCCACACGGUGCACAUCUUCCGGCACGGCAUCCGCCACUCGCAGAACUGGCCGGUGCCCUACAACCCCCCGGCCAUGAUCGCGCAUCUGGACCAGACCGGCCCCGCCGCCAUCAACCGCGUGCUCCGCCACAUGGGCCCCGUCGACGGGCCCCGCCUGCUGCAAGGCCGCUACCGCAUCGUGCACUUCUGGACCCCCCUCAACGGGCCCGUCUAUACCUGUCCCGUGGCGGUCGCCAGCUCCGCCACGGUCAGGGACGACGAUAUUCAGAUCUUCGUCAGCCAUCUGGGCGGCGACUUUGGCGCCCCGCGCUAUGCCGCCGGCCAGCGCUGGUUCUACCUCAGUGGCAUCUCCCAGGAUGAGGCGCUCUUGAUCCAGAUCUUUGACUCCAAGGCCUUGCAGAAGGACGGCCCCGUCCGGGGCGGCAGAGCCGUCCACUCCGCCUUCCGCGAUCCCCGCACGCCCCAGGGUGCUCCCGACCGUUGGAGUAUCGAGGUUUCCUGUCUGGUUUUUAGUGAUGAGUGA